CCCCACCAUCAUCCUGCGCAGUCUGCCCGCCACAUUUAUCUUGAAAGCUGUCGCCAUCCUUGGAGCCAACAAGCGUCGCACUCAUAGCAGAAUCACCAUCAUCGAUAGAUUCCCAUCAAGACUUCGUUUUACUCGGCAUUCAUCGCCGGUCCCCUAGACCUUCCUAGACCAAUACCUAGAGACUUCUGCGAAAAGAUACCACUACUGUCGAUAGACUUAUUCCCUCUAGACCAUCACCUAGACACACACCUAACCACAGCACUUCCACUACCCCGCCCGCCACAAUGAAGCUCGCCGUCUUCAGCGCAAAGUCCUACGACAAACAGUACAUCCGCCAGGUACACAAGGCCCACCAGGCCGACUCGUCGCACACCCAAGUCGACAUCAUCUUCCACAACCUGCCGCUGGGCCCGCAGACGGUGUCGCUGGCCCAGGGCGCCGACGCCGUGUGCGCCUUCGUCAACGACAACCUCUCGCGCCCCGUCCUCGAGGGCUUGCACGAGGCGGGCGUCCGCGCCGUGCUGCUCCGGUGCGCGGGGUACAAUAACGUGGACCUGGACGCCGCCGAGGAGCUGGGCCUGCAGGUGGCAAACGUGCCCUCGUACUCGCCCGAGGCCGUGGCCGAGUUCGCCGUCGCGCUGAUCCAGACGGUCAACCGCAAGACGCACCGCGCCUACAACCGCGUGCGCGAGGGCAACUUCUCGCUCGACGGCCUGCUAGGCCGCACCCUAUCGGGCAAGACGGUCGGCGUCGUCGGCGUCGGCCGCAUCGGGCUCGCCCUCGCCCGCAUCAUGCACGGCUUCGGUUGCACGCUGCUGGCCUACGACGUGCUCAAGAGCGACGACUUCAAGAAGUACGGCGACUACGUCGGCCUCGACGAGCUACUCGCCCGCUCCGACGUGGUGUCGCUGCACUGCCCGCUCGUGGACAAGACGCGCCACCUGAUCAACACCGAGACUCUCGGCAAGAUGAAGGAGGGCGCCCUGCUCAUCAACACCUCGCGCGGCGGCCUCGUCGACACAAAGGCCGUCAUCGAGGCCCUCAAGUCGCGCCGGCUGGGCGGCCUAGCCCUGGACGUUUACGAGGGCGAGGGCGCGCUCUUCUACAACGACCACUCGGCCGACAUCAUCCAGGACGACGAGCUCAUGCGCCUCAUGACCUUCCCCAACGUCGUCGUCUGCGGCCACCAGGCCUUCUUCACCGAGGAGGCCCUGACCGAGAUCGCCGAGUGCACGCUGCGCAACCUCGACGACUUUGUCAACAACCGCGAGUGCAAGAACUCGCUGUUGUGCAAGAAGACGAUUGCGAGGAGGGAUUCGAUUCCGCACAGGAUUUAAUGCUCUUCCUAUUUUUUACAACUCGGCGUAGUGUUGUACGGUGUCUCGAACCUCCCUUCGUUUCUCUAGACACGGUUUUUCCUGAUUGUAAAAGGAUGCACAUAUCGCAUCAAGGGAGUCCGUAGGAGGUGAAAAGACGUAAAUAUAAGGUAACCCCGAAGGGCACCAAGAGUAUCUAUCGCCUAGGGCCUCGAGUAUCUAUCAAGGCGUGGGCGAUCUAUCUGUCGUGCGUGUCGUGAAGCCUCAAAUGAAGCUAUCCGUGUGCCGUGCGGGCGAUGGGAUAAGGUCCCCGCCCAUCACGUGACCGAGGGUCCGUGCACUGCACUCAACAGCACAUGGUUUAUGCUCGGAACGGAGGGUGGACGGGGUUCCUAGAUACCCUCUCCUCUUCCACUUUUCUCUACUGUAUUUUGGCCUUGUAGAGCUUCAACUUUGGUACCUUGGCAACUCUCCUAUCUUUGCAUUGCUAGUUAGCAG